AUGUUCGGCGUAAUUGCAGAUUUACUAUCCUCCGUCCUCACCAUCCUAUUCCCAAUCUUCGCAUCCUACAAAGCCCUCCGCGCCUCCGAUCCCACCCAAUUAGCGCCAUGGCUUAUGUACUGGGUUGUAAUGUCGCUAAUCCUGCUGGCUGAAUCAUGGACUUACUUUAUUGUAGGAUGGUUCCCAUUCUACAGUUGGAUCCGCCUCUUCGCCCUCUCUUACCUCGUCCUCCCACAAACCCAAGGCGCCAAACUGCUGUACCAACGAUACGUCGACCCUUUCCUCUUCCACCACGAGCGUGAGAUCGAGCAAUUCAUCAGCCAAGCGCACCGCAGCGCAAAAGCCGUGGGUCUCGAAUACUUCUACAAAGCUGUCGACCUGGUGCGCGACAAGGUCCUGGGCCUCCCUCCAAUUGCACCCGUGGCUCCUCCGACACCCCCGCAAUCAGCCGGAGCAGGCGCGUUCGCACAAUCACUUCUAUCCCGCUUUUCGAUCCCCGCUGCAUCCUCACUGGCCAAUCCAGCUUCGGAUCUCUUCUCCUUGCUCGCGGCUGCGAUGGCGCCAGGACCUGCAUCGGGAAGUAGAGAAGUGCAAGCUGAAGAACUGAGCGCAAGCGGUAAGCUGAUGCCGGAUAACAUUGCCUCUGCCUCGAAAGCAGAGCAAGCGGAGUAUAUUUUGAGACAGAAGGAGAGGCUUGGAAUGCUCAUGUCGGCGUUUGACCGUGAGCAGCGGAAUCUGCGCAUGGAUGCGCCCGGUAACGAUGACUUGGCGUAUGGGACCGCAUUCGAUGAAUAUGAGGAGGGAGGGCUGAGGAAGAAUCGGAGUGAUGUUUCCUUUGAGAAUAUUGACCGUGAUGAAUUAUUCUUCGCGGGUGACAAUCGGGAGGAUCAUCAUUCUCACGGCCAACAUCAAAGGCGUGGUGGAAGGACGAGUGGUGGAGGGGAUGUGAGGGAUUUUUCGCAGAGCUCGGUGGGGGAGAUUGCCACGGCGUCGGGCGUCUAUCGUUAA